UCUCUUCUUAUCUUCCCAUCUCUUCUCAUUCGAUCACAGAUAGAGAGAGAGAGAGAGAGAGAGAGAGAGAGAGAUGGCCCUUCAAGCACCAACAUUACUCAAGGCCCCUCCACUGGGCCAUGCCAGUGGCCUACGUGGGCCGUCCGAUCGCUUCGCUCUCAAAUCAACCUUCUUCUCCCCCUCUCUCCAUCUCUUGCUUCCCUCACAACCUCCAUCUUCUUCUGCACCAAAAUUCUCGAUGCGGGUCACUACCAAACAGGCCUACAUUUGCCGUGAUUGCGGGUAUAUAUACAAUGACAGGACACCCUUUGAGAAGCUGGCCGAUAAGUACUUCUGCCCAGUAUGCGGUGCUCCCAAGCGGAGAUUCAGGCCAUAUGAACCUGCCGUGACCAAGAAUGUUAACGAUGCAUCUGUUCGUAAAGCUCGGAAGGAACAGAUUAAGAGAGACGAAGCAAUAGGGCGAGCUUUGCCGAUUGCUAUCAUGGUCGGGAUUGCCGGGCUGGCUGGUUUAUACUUCUACCUCAACAAUGCCUUCUAGUACAACAUCCCAAGCUUUUAUUUUAUUUUAUUUUAUUUUUUAUUCCUCCUUGUAGCUAGUUGGGGUGAUAGGGAUUUCUAUAUAAACUUGUAUUGAUUCCAAUUUUCAUAGGAGAGAAGUGGAAUUUGCAAAGCUAAAGAAACAAGGAUUUUUGUGAAAAUAUCCUCCAAAAUACCUGAAUUCAUGGAGAGAGCCUUGAAUAUUUUGAAUUUUCAAAA